GCUCCGAGCGGCCCCGGCGGCCGGGCCGGCAUCUGCGCGGCGUCCCUCCGCUAGAGGAGGGGACCAAGCCAAUUCUCCUUUGCAGCAAAAAAUUACAUGUAUAUAUUAUUAAGAUAAUAUAUACAUCUGAUCUUAUUUUUUAAAAAAAGUUUAUUUUGCUCCAUUUUUGAAAAAGAGGGAGCGUGGGUGGCGAGCGGUUUUUACAAAUUAUUCUUAUUUUCUGCUAUCUGUCCCCGUCCCUCCCCACCCCCUGCUGAAGCCACAAUAAGGGCAGGGACCGCGGCUCCAACCUAUUGGUAACCCCUUUACCCGUCCCUCCCCCCCGCCCCGACGCCCAGCACCGUGCCCUGCACACAGUAGGCGCUCAAUAAAUGUUCGUGGAUGAUGAUGAUGAUGAUGAUGAAAAACAUGCACCAUCAACGGCAGCAGCAAGCGGACCACGCGAACGAGGCAAACUAUGCAAGAGGCACCAGACUCCCUCUUUCUGGUGAAGGACCAACUUCUCAGCCGAAUAGCUCCAAGCAAACUGUCCUGUCUUGGCAAGCUGCAAUCGAUGCUGCUAGACAGGCCAAGGCUGCCCAAACUAUGAGCACCUCCGCACCCCCACCUGUAGGAUCUCUCUCCCAAAGAAAACGUCAGCAAUACGCCAAGAGCAAAAAACAGGGUAACUCGUCCAACAGCCGACCUGCCCGUGCCCUUUUCUGUUUAUCACUCAAUAACCCCAUCCGAAGAGCCUGCAUUAGUAUAGUGGAAUGGAAACCAUUUGACAUAUUUAUAUUAUUGGCUAUUUUUGCCAAUUGUGUGGCCUUAGCUAUUUACAUCCCAUUCCCUGAAGAUGAUUCUAAUUCAACAAAUCAUAACUUGGAAAAAGUAGAAUAUGCCUUCCUGAUUAUUUUUACAGUCGAGACAUUUUUGAAGAUUAUAGCAUAUGGAUUAUUGCUACAUCCUAAUGCUUAUGUUAGGAAUGGAUGGAAUUUACUGGAUUUUGUUAUAGUAAUAGUAGGAUUGUUUAGUGUAAUUCUGGAACAAUUAACCAAAGAAACAGAAGGCGGUAACCACUCCAGUGGCAAGUCAGGAGGCUUCGAUGUCAAAGCCCUCCGAGCCUUUCGAGUGUUACGACCACUUCGACUAGUGUCAGGAGUACCCAGUUUACAAGUUGUCCUGAACUCCAUUAUAAAAGCCAUGGUUCCCCUCCUUCACAUAGCCCUUUUAGUAUUAUUUGUAAUCAUAAUCUAUGCUAUUAUAGGAUUGGAACUUUUUAUUGGAAAAAUGCACAAAACAUGUUUUUUUGCUGACUCAGAUGUCAUAGCUGAAGAGGACCCAGCGCCGUGUGCGUUCUCAGGGAAUGGACGCCAGUGUGCCGCCAAUGGCACGGAGUGUAGGAGUGGCUGGGUUGGCCCAAAUGGGGGCAUCACCAACUUCGAUAACUUUGCCUUCGCCAUGCUCACCGUGUUUCAGUGCAUCACCAUGGAGGGCUGGACAGAUGUGCUCUACUGGAUGAAUGAUGCUAUGGGAUUUGAAUUGCCCUGGGUGUAUUUUGUCAGUCUCGUCAUCUUUGGGUCAUUUUUCGUACUAAAUCUUGUACUUGGUGUAUUGAGCGGAGAAUUCUCAAAGGAAAGAGAGAAGGCUAAAGCCCGGGGAGAUUUCCAGAAGCUCCGGGAGAAGCAGCAGCUAGAGGAGGAUCUAAAGGGCUACUUGGAUUGGAUCACCCAAGCAGAGGACAUCGAUCCUGAGAACGAGGAAGAAGGAGGAGAGGAAAGCAAACGCAACACCAGCAUGCCGACCAGCGAGACAGAGUCUGUGAACACGGAGAACGUAAGUGGUGGAGGCGAGAACCAAGGCGGCUGCGGGAGUCUCUGGUGCUGGUGGAAGCGAAGAGGCACGGCCAAGGCUGGGCCCUCUGGGUGUCGGCGGUGGGGUCAAGCCAUCUCAAAAUCCAAGCUCAGCCGCCGCUGGCGCCGCUGGAACCGAUUCAAUCGCAGGAGAUGUAGGGCUGCUGUGAAGUCUGUCACAUUUUACUGGCUGGUUAUUGUCCUGGUGUUUCUCAACACCUUAACCAUUUCCUCCGAGCACUACAACCAGCCUGAUUGGUUGACGCAGAUUCAAGAUAUCGCUAACAAAGUCCUCCUGGCUCUGUUCACCUGCGAGAUGCUGGUAAAAAUGUACAGCUUGGGUCUCCAGGCGUAUUUCGUCUCUCUUUUUAAUCGGUUUGACUGCUUCGUGGUAUGUGGUGGAAUUACUGAAACCAUCCUGGUGGAGCUGGAAAUCAUGUCUCCCCUGGGGAUCUCUGUGUUUCGGUGUGUGCGCCUCUUAAGGAUUUUCAAGGUGACCAGGCACUGGACUUCCCUCAGCAACUUGGUGGCCUCCUUGUUAAACUCCAUGAAGUCCAUUGCUUCGCUGUUGCUUCUGCUUUUUCUCUUCAUCAUCAUCUUUUCCUUGCUUGGGAUGCAGCUGUUUGGUGGCAAGUUUAAUUUUGACGAAACGCAGACCAAGCGGAGCACCUUUGACAAUUUCCCUCAAGCCCUCCUGACGGUAUUCCAGAUUCUGACAGGUGAAGAUUGGAACGCUGUGAUGUAUGAUGGCAUCAUGGCCUAUGGCGGCCCGUCGUCCUCGGGAAUGAUCGUCUGCAUCUACUUCAUCAUCCUCUUCAUUUGUGGUAACUAUAUCCUACUGAAUGUCUUCUUGGCCAUCGCUGUAGACAAUCUGGCUGAUGCUGAGAGUUUGAAUACUGCCCAGAAAGAGGAAGCUGAAGAGAAGGAAAGGAAGAAGAUUGCCAGAAAAGAGAGCCUGGAGAAUAAAAAGAACAACAAACCAGAGGUCAACCAGAUAGCCAACAGUGACAAUAAGGUUACAAUUGAUGACUAUCGAGAAGAGGAUGAAGACAAGGACCCCUACCCACCUUGUGAUGUGCCAGUAGGGGAAGAGGAAGAGGAGGAGGAAGAGGAUGAACCCGAGGUUCCAGCUGGCCCCCGUCCUCGUAGAAUCUCAGAGUUGAACAUGAAGGAGAAAAUCGCCCCCAUCCCUGAAGGGAGUGCAUUCUUCAUUCUGAGCAAGACCAACCCGAUCCGCGUGGGCUGCCACAAGCUCAUCAACCAUCACAUCUUCACCAACCUCAUCCUCGUCUUCAUCAUGCUGAGUAGCGCCGCCCUUGCCGCCGAGGACCCCAUCCGCAGCCACUCCUUCCGGAACACUAUACUGGGUUACUUUGACUAUGCUUUCACAGCCAUCUUUACAGUUGAAAUCCUGUUAAAGAUGGCGACUUUUGGAGCUUUCCUCCACAAAGGGGCUUUCUGCAGGAACUACUUCAAUCUACUGGAUAUGCUGGUUGUCGGGGUAUCCCUGGUAUCAUUCGGGAUCCAAUCCAGUGCCAUCUCCGUUGUGAAGAUUCUGAGGGUCUUAAGGGUCCUGAGGCCGCUCAGGGCGAUCAACAGAGCGAAAGGACUCAAGCACGUGGUCCAGUGUGUCUUCGUGGCCAUCCGGACCAUCGGCAACAUCAUGAUCGUCACCACCCUUCUCCAGUUCAUGUUCGCCUGCAUCGGGGUCCAGUUGUUCAAGGGGAAGUUCUAUCGCUGCACGGAUGAAGCCAAAAGUAACCCCGAAGAGUGCAGGGGGCUUUUCAUCCUCUACAAGGAUGGGGACGUUGAUAACCCUGUGGUCCGUGAGAGGAUCUGGCAAAAUAGUGAUUUCAACUUUGACAACGUCCUUUCUGCUAUGAUGGCGCUGUUCACGGUCUCCACGUUUGAGGGCUGGCCUGCGUUGCUGUACAAAGCCAUCGACUCCAACGGAGAGAAUGUUGGCCCCAUCUACAACUACCGCGUGGAGAUCUCCAUCUUCUUCAUCAUCUACAUCAUCAUUGUGGCUUUCUUCAUGAUGAACAUCUUUGUGGGCUUCGUCAUCGUCACAUUUCAGGAGCAGGGAGAGAAAGAGUAUAAGAACUGUGAGCUGGACAAAAAUCAGCGUCAGUGUGUCGAAUACGCCUUGAAAGCACGUCCCUUGCGGAGAUACAUCCCCAAAAACCCCUACCAGUACAAGUUCUGGUACGUGGUGAACUCCUCGCCUUUCGAAUACAUGAUGUUUGUCCUCAUCAUGCUCAACACACUCUGCUUGGCCAUGCAGCACCACGAGCAGUCCAAGAUAUUUAAUGAUGCCAUGGACAUUCUGAACAUGGUCUUCACUGGGGUGUUCACCGUCGAGAUGGUUUUGAAAGUCAUUGCAUUUAAACCUAAGGGGUAUUUUAGUGACGCCUGGAACACGUUUGACUCCCUCAUCGUAAUCGGCAGCAUUAUAGACGUGGCCCUCAGCGAAGCCGACCACUAUUUCACUGAUGCAUGGAACACUUUUGAUGCCUUAAUUGUUGUUGGUAGCGUCGUUGAUAUUGCUAUAACUGAAGUGAAUCCAACUGAAAGUGACAAUGUCCCUGUCCCCACCGCUACACCCGGGAACUCUGAAGAGAGCAAUAGAAUCUCCAUCACCUUUUUCCGUCUUUUCCGAGUGAUGCGGUUGGUGAAGCUUCUCAGCAGGGGGGAAGGCAUCCGGACACUGCUGUGGACUUUUAUAAAGUCCUUUCAGGCACUGCCCUAUGUCGCCCUCCUCAUAGCCAUGCUAUUCUUCAUCUACGCGGUUAUUGGCAUGCAGAUGUUUGGGAAGGUUGCUAUGAGAGAUAACAACCAGAUCAACAGGAACAACAAUUUCCAGACCUUUCCCCAGGCAGUGCUGCUGCUCUUCAGGUGUGCCACAGGGGAAGCCUGGCAGGAGAUCAUGCUGGCCUGCCUCCCGGGGAAGCUCUGUGACCCCGAGUCGGAUUACAGCCCCGGGGAGGAGUACACGUGUGGAAGCAACUUCGCCAUUGUUUAUUUCAUCAGUUUUUACAUGCUCUGCGCAUUUCUGAUCAUCAACCUGUUUGUAGCUGUCAUCAUGGACAACUUUGAUUAUCUGACCCGGGACUGGUCUAUUCUGGGGCCUCACCAUUUGGAUGAAUUCAAAAGAAUAUGGUCAGAAUAUGACCCUGAGGCAAAGGGAAGGAUCAAGCACCUUGAUGUGGUCACUCUGCUCCGCAGAAUCCAGCCUCCCCUGGGGUUUGGGAAAUUAUGCCCACACAGAGUAGCCUGUAAGAGACUAGUUGCCAUGAACAUGCCUCUCAACAGCGAUGGGACAGUCAUGUUUAAUGCAACUCUGUUUGCUUUGGUUCGGACGGCUCUUAAAAUCAAGACGGAAGGGAACCUGGAACAAGCUAAUGAAGAGCUCCGAGCUGUGAUAAAGAAAAUCUGGAAGAAAACCAGCAUGAAACUGCUUGACCAAGUUGUCCCUCCAGCUGGUGAUGAUGAGGUAACCGUGGGGAAGUUCUAUGCCACUUUCCUGAUACAGGACUACUUUAGGAAAUUCAAGAAACGGAAAGAACAAGGCCUGGUGGGAAAAUACCCUGCGAAGAACACCACCAUUGCCCUACAGAUGCUUGAACGGAUGCUUUAGAAUUUUCUGCCUGAGCUACAGCACCAAGCUCGUUAGUCGGAAGGCGUUUGUGGCUAAGGCCUUGAAAGGGAAAAGUCUCAAGUGGGCUUAUUUCUACUGAAACAGCAUUUCGGGAGAAAUGCAGGAAAAAAGCAAACCCAAGGCCCCAGGGAGACCCCUUCCAAGCAAAGCACUCCUCCAGAAGGCGGAAGCGGGGCCGUGGCUCAUCCGCAGAGCCAUGGCCUCCUGUCGCGGACGCUGCUCACGGUGGCUCUUUUUCAUGAAAGGGAACGUGCAAGGUUUAACAGUUUUCCCCUCCAAGCAGAGACUCAGAGAAAGGGAAAGAGAGAGAGAGAGAGAGAGAGAGAGAGCAAAGGAGGGGGGCAGCCGCCCCACAGAGAAUGAAAUGAACACAACUUCCUGAUGCUGGCCAGUAAAAAAUAACACGAUAAAAAGAUUAAGCAGACCUGCCUAAGGUGGGCAGCUGACUUUGUUCCAAAGUUCUGCGUCCCUAGUUUGUCCGACCUCCCAAAGACUGGCAGGCCCCUUGGCACCGAGCUGACAGAGUUCCUUUUAUAUGCCAGUCCGCCAUGACCUACUGACCCUCCGGCCCCCACUCUCUGCAGUGACCCCGUCCAGAAUGCGUGAGAAGUGGGCAGGCCAGGAAGCUCAGACACACCAUUUAAACUAACACAUACGCCCGCAUGCCCAAACCAGUCCAGGUAACACCUCAGGUUCCAUCUUAACGUGUCCACGGGAAACACCACCACACCCAAACCUCAUCCAACAUUGUCCGUCUUUAAUUCGUGCUCAAAGCCAGUCUGGGGAUGCCUCUUUGGAAGCAGUGUGGUCUAGUUUCAAGGACACUGGGAGUCAGGGAACCUGGGUUCUAGUCCCAGCUCCAGCGUUCACUUGCUGCGUGACCUUGGGCAAGACACUUAACCUCUCUGUGCCUCAGUUUCCCCAUCUGUAAAAUGGGGGUAAUAAUGUCGACCUACCUCACAGGGCUGUUGUGAGGAAUAGCUAAGUGAUUGUAAAGCACUUUGAACGUAUAAUUGCUUAUUAUUAAGACUACAACAAUAAUAAUAUCCUAUGCCUGUUUACUACCAGAACUUUAAGAAAUUCUUGUUUUUCUUUGAUCUCUUUUCUGUUCUGUACUGUAGUUAUCCACUGAGAAAGAGAGUUCUCCCCUUUCAAAGAUCUCUGGGAAGUGUAUACAGAUGUACACAGAGGUACCUGUACAGGUCGUGUUUUCACAUCUUACAAAUGAUAGACUUUCGCUGAGAAGUUGCUUCAUGAGGGAGUCCCGUGUGAAAUUCUCAGCCGAUCACAAGCAGUGCUUAAGGAGGUCUGUACAUCCAGUGCUGAGCCCAAGACCCCCAGAGGAGCCAACCUGAGUUUUGAAAUCAAUAUUCAAAAGUAACUGUAGUGUGAAAACUAGAAGUUUCUGAAGCACCUGGAGAAAAGAAGGCUUAGAAGCCCCUUUUGCCUGCCCUGGUCAGUGCAGACGAGGCUGUGUGCGUGUGUGCGCGUGCAUGAGGGGGCAUGGGGAAGGUGGUGGACUGGGCCGGCAGAACGUGGGGAAGCCCUGUUCCUGGCUGCACUUGUUGCAGGAGCAGCUCAAGUGGGCAAGUGGUGUCACCGACAGGAAGAACAGUGUCAGUGGAAGGCCUACAGGCCCAUCCCGGGCACAGCUGUCAGGGUCCCUCCCAGCCCUGAGGGCUGUUCCAGUGUUGUCUUUUGUACUGUGACCUUUGCCCUUUGGUCGCAGUGGCUUAUGUUACCAGUGGUCUGGCCUGCCUGCACUUAAGUGGAUUCCCUGGCCUCACUCAUGGAAACAGGUCCGGCCCCUGAUUCUGCUCCCGUUGCGUAGACUGCUGUAAGUCUGGGAGCUCAUGGUGGGCUUUAUGGAUUCUCACAGCAGAGUCUGCGGGGCCAAAGAGCAGGUCUGACUUCACGCAGCGCCCAGGGCAGUGAUGUGGGGUGGGGUUGAAAGCCGGCCAGCACACCGCGGGAUGGUUGCACCCCUUGCGAAGAUGUCGAAGCCUGUCUGUACAUGCCACUUCACAGCGGUGGCCCCCCUGCCAACAUCUAGCCCCUCUCCACAUCCCUCUGUGGUCUAGGUGGUAAAAGGCUAAUGCCUGCUGUAGCAGGGAUUUCUGGGAUUGUGCUCUGGUCUGAAGGUCUCCUCUGCACCGAUCAGGGAGUGCUUGGGAUGUACCGUUUAUUAAGAAUUUGGUGUAUCGUCCCUGAAAAGGAGGCUAGUCAGCCCUGGGAGCACAGGUGUGGGGCUAAUUCCCCAUCAGAUAAAUGACCCCCUGUUUCUGAUCCACCAGAACGUCAAGCUUAUUAAACAAUCAAGGGGCCCUGUCUCAGAGGUCCAGUGUGACCAGCCAACUGCUAAAUGGAGUCUCCGUAGGGUAAAGUCUCAGCAGGACAGCCCCCAAGCAGCGUGCAUGGCAGGCAUUUCCACACGCCUCUCUGCAGUCUUUCCAAAUAAGGAAAAACUAGAAAGCAGUGAACUUUCUAGAUGGGAUUAGGGAAUGGUUUAAAUGAAACAAGAGUCUCUGGCCCCACAUGGGCCUGGCUGUGUUGCUCAGUGAUGGCACUGACUGUGGCUGCUAGCCAAGGGCAGUGCAUGGAAACAGCCAGAAGUCAGGAGGUGUACCUCCGACUUCAACUCAAAAGGGAAACAAGGCUUCCCUAAAACUUGGCGUCCAGUCAGACUGCAGACGCCUCUGUCCUUCCUCCUUAAACCUUGCCAGAAGAGUGUAGCUUUGAGUGUAGAAACGUUGCAGGAGACAACUCAAGUUAUCUGAGAAUCUUCCCCCACUCAGCAAACAUGGUACCCAACACCAGAAUCCAUGGUGCUAAACUCUUAAGCUCCUGGAUGGAAGACAGGAUGCAGGCCAGUAUCCAUCACAACCUGCGAGACUGGGCACCAGGCUGGCUGUUCAUAAAUAGAUUACACUAUGGCGGGACCCAACUAUAAAUUCGUAGGAUUAUUGGGUACUGCCUUCUGUUCUCUUUCUGAAAGGCAGGAGUUCUUUUCCCUCUGACAAUAAUAGUAAUUAUUUUCGAAAGACUUUGAGAAGAUAGAAUUACUGAACAGAAGUUACAGCAGGUGAUACUAUGUAGUAGCAAAAGGUCUUAAUUAUCAUGGUGUGCUAUUGAAUAAUACCAACCUGACACCCUUCAUUAGCCCUCGUAUGUCAUGAUUCAAUUUUUCAUGGGAAGGAGCUUACUGUCAACUACUAACAGUUCCUAGGUUGGGAACUGUGCAAAUUCGUUCUCUGUGGCAUACCUCACAUCUAAGAGAGGUGACUAUUUGGGGUAACGGAAGGGUACGUCAUUCUAAGGCCAUGGUGAAGGCAAUCCCCAUUAAGAAGUGCCAAAGGCUAGCUCAAGAGAAGCCAUGGUAAGGACAUUUCUUCCAAAAGCAGAGAAAGGUCAGCAGAACCACAGGAAUCGUAAGUGAGGUGAGGGGCC